AUGGAUCUUGAUGAGGCUUUGAAAACUUAAAAAUUCAAGAGCGAUGAAGCAGCAGCAAGAUACUAUUACACUUUAGCUAAUAAAGGUGAUCCAUAUGCUUAGUACGUAAUAGGGUUAUUAUUAGAAGAGGGUAAAGGUAUUGAAUAGGAUUUAGAAAAAGCUAUAGAGUGGUAUACAAAAAGCGCAGAAAAAGGAGAGGCAAAAUCUUAAUAUUGUCUAGGCAACUUAUACUAUUAGGGAGCUGCUGUCUAACAAAAUUUUCAAGAAGCCAUUAAGUGGUAUAAUCUCGCUUCUAAAUAGGGACAUGACAAAGCAUUAUUCUAAUUAGGAUUGAUGCAGAUAUUUGGUUAGGGUUUUAAAUAAGAUUUUCAAAAGGGAAUUGACUACUUUAAAAAAUCAGGUGAAAGAGGAAAUUAAGAUGCAUAUAAUAAUUUGGGUAACAUGUAUCGUGAAGGAACGGGCGUCAAGGUAAAUUAUGAGGAAGCUGUUAAGUAUUAUUUAAUGGCUUGUGAAGGUGAAUGUGCCGCCGCUAUGGCCAAUCUUGCUACUUUGUAUAUUUAAGGUCUAGGAGUCAAUCAAAGUUAUGAAGAAGCAGCCAAAUACUUCAAAAAAGCAGCUGAUUUAGGUUUAGAUAUAGCAUAGUUUAAUUUGGGCUGUCUCUACGAAGAGGGGAAAGGAGUCAAAAAAGAUUUGUAAAUGGCUUUAGAGUAUUACAGAAAAGGAGGAGAAAAUGGAAAUUAAGAAGCUGAGGAUGCUUUUAAUAGAUUAGAGGAAAUAAUGAAAUAAGAAAAAAAUAAUGAAAAUAAUAAAGAUCAAUCCUAAAAAAAGAAAAAAAAUAUGUGCUCUGGAUGCUAAAUAUUCUGA